AAAAAUAAAACCGGGACAGUUUGUGUUGAAGAAGGAUUUUUGAUGCGAUCAAUAUUUAGGGAAUCCGUUCUCUCACGAUGAUGGAAUCGUGUUUUUACAACAAAUUGGAAAGCGUGGCGCGGGAAGUUAACUUCGACGACUUGAAGAAAAACCUAUUUUCUGAGUUUAAUUCCAUAGACUCCUGCCUGGAAGAGCAUGAACACUUGCAGGUGUACCUUCGCAUUCGACCAUUCACAACAACUGAGAGUGAAAAUGGCGAAUCGCAGGACUGCGUUUCCAUCGAGCUCCCGGACACGGUCCUCCUGAAGGCUCCAAGGGCUUCGCUCUCGGCACGGCUCCGUGACAAAUCGGCUCAACGGUUUCAAUUCUCACAGGUCUUAGGGCCAGAAACCACUCAGAGGGAGAUGUUUGACAGCACAGUGAGAGGCCUCGUCAAGGAGGUUCUGGAAGGUGGAAAUUCUCUCGUUUUUACGUAUGGAGUGACCAAUGCUGGAAAGACAUUCACUUUUCUAGGUCCAGAGGCCAAUGGAGGGAUCCUCCCCAGGUCUUUGAAUUUAAUCUUCAACAGCAUUGAGGGGCGUGUUUACGACCAAAUGACUAUCAAGCCACAGCGAUGCAGAGAGUUCAUCAGGCUCACUAAAGACCAGCAGAGUGAAGAGGCCACUAACAAGAGAAAUCUCUUCAGGCUCCUCAAGGAGAGUGAUAACCAGAAAAGCUUCACCAACAAGACAACCCUGGAAGGGUCCACACUAAGUGACAUCGAGGGGACUGUGACGGAACAACGUUUCAGUCUGGUUGUUGAAGCACACACCAAGUUCUCCGUCUGGGUGUCCUUCUGUGAAAUCUACAAGGAGAACAUUCACGACCUGCUGGAGCCCGUUCCGAUGGGAGCCCAGAAGAGAACCACGCUGCGGCUGUCGCAGGAUGUCAAAGGCAACUCCUUUGUAAAAGAUCUGAAGUGGGUACAAGUGAGCAACGCGGAGGAAGCCUACAAGGUAAUGAAGCUAGGGAAGAAGAACCAGAGCUUCGCCAGCACAAAGCUCAACCUCCUCUCGAGCCGGAGCCACAGCAUAUUUUCUGUUCGUAUCCUGCGGAUGGAAGAUGCUAGGAUUCCUCGUGUUAACUCUAUCAGCGAGCUGUCCUUGUGUGACCUGGCUGGGUCUGAGAGGUGCGCUAAAACUCAGAAUAAAGGGGAGCGUUUGAAAGAGGCUGGAAACAUCAACACUUCCCUGAUGACACUGGGCAAGUGCAUCAACACGUUACGGCAAAGCCAGCAAUCCAAGCUACCACAGCACGUCCCCUUCAGGGAGAGCAAGCUGACCCACUACCUACAGGGCUUCUUCUGUGGCCGUGGCAAAGCCUGCAUGAUAGUCAACAUCAACCAGUGUGCCUCCAUGUACGACGAGACGCUCAACGUGCUCAAGUUCUCCGCCGUGGCUCAGAAGGUGGUGGUGCUGACCACCAAGACCGUCCCCCACCUCGCCACCAAGAGGUCGGCCCGGGAACUGUCCAUGAUCAUCAACAACGCAGACAGGAAGUACCUGUUGGGUCAGAAGAGAAGGAGCUCCCUGGUUGGCUGGGAGACCAGUCUGGAGGACGUGCAGGAGCAUGACGACACUGAAGAGGAGAGCGUGAUGGAGACCAUGCAGGAAGUGGACGAUGAUGAAAAGGUUCUCAUCAAUAAAGACACUUAUGAGAGCCAGCUCCUCCAGUUGACAGAGCUCUGGGAACAGCUCCAGAAAGAGAGGUCUGAAAACCUGGUUCUGGAAUCCCGGAUCCGUGACGAGGUCACCAAGGAGUUCUCGGAGUUCUUCUCUGAAAUGCAGACCGAUUACAACGAGCGUCUGGCCAAAGAGGAGAAGAAUGUCGAGGAGAGAGCAGAGAAGCGUCUAGAGAUCCUGAGAAAUCUUGUGAACAUUAACACCAGUCAAGAGGAGUUGGACAGAGUAGAGCGAGCCACAGAGGACAGCUCGCCAUUGGGAAAGAUGUUUGACUCCAUGUGCAGUGACCUGGCGGGCAUAAAGAAGGCGGCUUUGGAGGCCAAGACGUGUCUGGUGGUCACCCAACCCAGUUGCGAAACCAUCUCCAAUCUGGAAAAGAGAGUGGAUGAUCUCUCGGCGCUGCUGAACCAAGCCCAGGAGCAGCUCACUGUCAAAACCAAUGAACUAGAACACUGUUGCAAACAAGCGCGGCAAUCGAACGAACAGCUUGAAGAGGCUAGAAAGACUCUUGAGUCUCAGGAGCUGAAAUUCUCCUACUUCCUGGAGAUGUGUCACGAGAAGGAUGAGAUGAUCACCACGCUUCAGAACACCGUAGACCAACAGGUCCAAGCCACCAUCAAGAAUAAGGCUACAUUUGACGGCAUCAAAAAUGAGAUCCUGCAACUGAAGAGCAGCUGCUCUUGCUCCAGAGGGGAGAGGCCCAGCUCUCGCGCAGAGAGCCGCAAACGGCUGGUGGACCUCCAGGCCAACCUGGAGGACCAGCCCCCCAGCAAGAAAGGGUUCCUGGGGAGAGGAGAGGAGGAGAUGGACAGAUUGCGCAGGGAGCUGGUGGAGGUACAAAAGGACAGUGGGCUUCUCCGAGACAAGCUGAUGGAACAGAAAAGAGAAUUCCCAAAGACCCUAGAGGAGAGUGAGAAAAGGCCCCUGCAGAAAAAGGGUCUGGGAGAGAAACUGACCCAACAGCAGAACUCAAAACAGCAGCUGAAGGUGCUAAAAGAAAAACUGUCCCCACAGGAACUGAACUUGGAGCAGCUCAGGGCAGAAAUGGAGGAGGCUAAAGCCAUGGCCCACAUCGACAGCGAGAACUCUGUAGCUGAGGUCGUGACCUUGAAGGGAAAGGUGGCUGCACUGGAGGAGAAGCAGUGCACCCACCAAAUGGAGAGUGAGGCGGCCGUAACCGUGUCCCAGUCGUAUAACGAUGAGCUCAUGUCCCAAAUGGAGAGAGGGGCAGAAUUGGAGAAGACACUGUUUGAGAAGGAGGCGCAGGUGUCAGGCCUGCAGAGGAGCCUGAGGGAGGCACAGGAAAUGCGGGAGGAUGAGGAGACCGCUACGGUGCAGGAGGCUCGUAAGAGGGAGGUGGAGAGGAGGCGGGAGUUGCUGGCUGUGGCUGAAGAGGCCAUCACUCAGAAGAACGCUGAGCUGGAGAGGAAAGCGCAGGUCAUCACCAGAUUGAAGGAGACGGCUAAACAUGACUCCGACAAAGUGAAGAGUUUGAGCCUGGACCUUGAGAGGAAAGACGAUGACGUUUCUGAUCUCAAAGAGAAGCUGUCCGACUCUAAAAAACAGAUCCAGCAAGUUCAAAUGGAGAUCAUCUCCAUGCGAGAAGAGGUGAAAUCUCUCAAACUUAAACUGCAGGACUCGGAGAAGGUGAAGAAACGCCAGCAGGCAGACUUGGCUAAUAAAGACAGGACCAUACAGCAACUGAAAACGGAACAGUCUGCUGACGAGAACCUCAAACUCAAUCCGAACGCCUGUAAAGACCUUCAGGCUAAGGAGCGUAUGAUGGAGGACAUGCGUCUGGCUCUGGUUGAACAGGAGGAUACCCAGACCCAACAGGAGCAGGUGUUAGAGGCCAAACUGGAUGAGAUUGACGCCCUCAUUGAAGAGGUGGAUAAACUGAAAGGACUGUUACGCUACCAAGACAGUGGGAAAGACACUGGAGCCCUGAGAGACAGCCAAUCGGACGAGGCCAAGCUAGCCAUACAGGAAGCAGUUCAGGCUCAAGUGACCUUGAAGCUGUGUACUGAGAAACACCAAGCUGACAAGAGGAAGUGGCUCGAAGAGAAGACGGUUCUGAUCCGGCUGGCCAAGGAGGCCGAGGAUAAGAGGAACCAGGAGAUGAGGAAGUUUGCAGACGGCCGCAAGCGUCACGCCAAGCAGCAAGCCCAAGUGGAAGGUCUGGUGGCCCAGCUCAGUGAGAAGGAGCAGGACCUACUGAAGUGGAGGAAAGAGAGGGACUCCCUGGUGACAGCUCUGGAGGUCCAGCUAACCAAACUCCUCUCUAGCAACGCAGACAAGGAUGAACAGAUAGCCAGUCUCCGCUGCCACGCCUCCUCUCAGCCAGCAGAGGGGGACCAUGGCCAGGUGGAGGUAGUGGAGCUGCAGGGCCUUCUGUCUGACAGAGACACUGAGAUUCUUAACCUGAAGGAACAACUGAAAACUGCAUUCAAAGCCAGCAGCGACGCCUCGGUCCCUACUAAACACAGAGAGACAGCCAAUCAGCUCUCACAGACUGAAGCAGAGGAGCGCCCUUCCACAGUCCGUGAGAGGACUCUCCAUGACAACGGUCAACUAGUACUCGACGUAAAGAUGUCGAAGAGGACCAGUCAGGGGUCUGGUGGCUACCCAUCGGUGCUAGACUCCUCAGAGAUCUCCACAGAUGGAGGCAGGACCAGCCGCUUCCCCAAGCCUGAGCUCGAGAUCUCCUUCAGUCCGCUGCAGCCCAACAGGAUGGCCCUGAAACGCCAGGGAGGGGCUGUGGUCAACGUCAAAAUCACCCGCAAGAGAAAGAGCUCUGAGAUCGACAAGAAGAGCGGAUGGCGCAGUCCAGCUAAAAGGAGAGCAACGCAUGAGCUCCCGUCUCAGGAUGAGGUGCACAAGGAGAACCAUAAAAACCCCAGAACCAGACUGGCUCCUAAACUGGCUGUGCAUCAAGAGGUGCCAUCACCGGCCUGGGGCAGUAAAGACCCGGGAUCCAUAAGGCCCCAGGACUCCCAGUCCAGCUUGCAUAGCAGGAAAGAAGGAACGAUGCAGAAGAUCGGAGUCUUCGGUAGCAAAGCUAAAAAGAUAAUGGGAUUGGUGAGCGGGAAAUCCCCAGAGACGGAAGGGGGGUUGUCCAUGAGCUUUAGACCCAUGAAGUCCAAGUGGAAGCUGUACAGACCAGAGAUCUCUUCAGCGAUAGACUUCUCCUCCCACCCGAUCAUCAGUGGAGUUCCAGACGAGAAAGAGAGUGACCAUCUCAUCGUCAAGAGAGAACUCCAGACUGAAGUCAAAGACGCUGCUCUUUUAAUGGUACAGGGAAAUGAAUGAAUAGAUUUUUUUUUUUUUUAAAUGAAGGACAUCUUGAAGUUUACUUUAUUGUUAAGGGCGUUUUUCUUUCCAGAAGACGUGUAUUUUCUGAAGUCACUUCCUCUUCGCUUCCUGUUUUCUUUCAUAUAGUCCUCAUUUAUCACUUCAUUCUAUUGUAUUUCUACAUAUUUAACUUUGCACAUAUUAUGAUUAUUUCUCUUCAUUCUGUGCUAUGUAUAAUAUGAUUUAACAGAAUAUAAUCAAGUUCUCAGUCCAGAACAUCAUCGUGGUGAUGCAGUAAUCUGAAGAUUUAGUAUAGUACUUUAUAAAAACACAGUGUAGUACUUUACUGUCAUCAUCUCAAUUAUGUUCUUGUUAAAACACAGUGUAGUACUUUAUAAAAGCACAGUGUAGUACUUUAUAAAAACACAGUAUAGUACUUUAUAAAAACACAGUAUAGUACUUUAUAAAAGCACAGUGUAGUACUUUAUAAAAGCACAGUGUAGUACUUUACUGUGAUCAUCUCAAUUAUGUUCUUGUUAAAACACAGUAUAGUACUUUAUAAAAACACAGUAUAGAACUUUAUAAAAACACAGUAUAGUACUUUAUAAAAACACAGUAUAGUACUUUAUAAAAACACAGUGUUGUACUUUACUGUGAUCAUCUCAAUUAUGUUCUUGUUAAAACACAGUAUAGUACUUUAUAAAAACACAGUAUAGAACUUUAUAAAAACACAGUAUAGUACUUUAUAAAAACACAGUAUAGUACUUUAUAAAAACACAGUGUAGUACUUUAUAAAAACACAGUAUAGUACUUUAUAAAAACACAGUAUAGUACUUUAUAGAAACACAGUAUAGUACUUUAUAAAAACAUAGUAUAGUACUUUAUAAAAACACAGUGUAGUACUUUAUAAAAGCACAGUGUAGUACUUUAUAAAAGCACAGUGUAGUACUUUAUAAAAGCACAGUGUAGUACCUUAUAAAAGCACAGUGUAGUACCUUAUAAAAACAGUGUAGUACCUUAUAAAAACACAGUGUAGUACCUUGUAAAAACACAGUAUAGUACCUUAUAAAAACACAGUAUAGUACCUUAUAAAAGCACAGUGUAGUACCUUAUAAAAACACAGUGUAGUACCUUAUAAAAACAGUAUAGUACCUUAUAAAAGCACAGUGUAGUACCUUAUAAAAACACAGUGUAGUACCUUAUAAAAACACAGUGUAGUACCUUAUAAAAGCACAGUGUAGUACCUUAUAAAAACACAGUGUAGUACCUUAUAAAAACACAGUAUAGUACCUUAUAAAAACACAGUAUGGUACCUUAUAAAAACACAGUAUAGUACCUUACUGUGAUCAUCUCAGAUGUUCAUGUGAAAAAAAAAAACAUCUGUAUGCUGAUGACACAAUUAAUUCAUUUAUGCGUAUCUAAUAUUCAGAAGGCUUUUCAGGACUUUACAGUACAGACUUACAGGCUUUUGAUGUUAUUCAAAGGCAGCUUUUCCAAUUGAAACUUAAUGCAAGGAAAACAAAAAUGCAUGGUUUUCUCCUUCCCUGAAAGUUAACAGAUUGAGUCACGUGCAGAUUUUAACUAUACAAUUCCAGCAAAUUGAUAGGUUCAACUCCUAUAAGUAUCUUGGGAUUUAGUACUUUAUUGUGAUCAUCUCAACAAUGUUCAUGUUAAAAA